UUUUCCUUUCUCUAUUCUCUCUAUCUUCUUAAAUCCUUUCUUAUUUUGUGAGCGUUUCAUCACAAAUUCAAAUCAACCCCACUGCUACUUCAGAUCUCUCUCUUUCUGCAUAAACAGCUAUAGAAAAAUACAAGCUUUCUAUAUAUAAAAAAAGAAAACUCCAAUCGAAUCAACUCAAGGAAAACAGAGGUUCAAAAUUGAAAAAGAGAAAAAAAGCAGAGAUGGGACUCAAAAACAUAGUAGAAGAAGAAGGGAAUUGUUCCGUGAACGAAGCUUUGUUGUUUGUACCAUGUUCCUCAUGGUCUGCAAGUGGAUGCACACUUGAAAGAUGGCUCUGUUAUUCUGGAAUCUUCCAUACUGCUUCUGUUGAGAAGGAGUAUGGUAUUGUUUUGAAGAAAGCAAAAUUUACUAAAAAGGGUAGAUGUGCCACCAAUGUUGCGGAUGGUAGUGUAGUAGAGACGUGUAAUUCUUGCAGCUGUCUUGUUCAAGUUGUUGCUAAGGGAGUCCCGUUUCCUUUUGAUGGUUUUGCUGGUAAUGGAGAAGCUGCUUCAGAAUUCUCCCUUCAUCUGCCAAUCCACUGAAUGGGACCAAGAAACUCAAUGAGUCUACCAUGGAUAAAUAAAAAAGAAAUAUAAAAAGAAAUUCAACCCAUAACGAGAAUGGAUUGCUGAUGGUUUUAUACCACGAAUACUGGAAAGGAAGAUGAAGGUCGAAGUUGCUAGAGAAUCCCAUGGAAAAUGAGGAGGAGGUUGAACAUCAGAAAAGAGAUGAGACAAACGCU